GGUGAACUCGAACAUCGUUCUCCAAAGGCCAGAUAUCUCCGCACCGAUCGCAACUUAUUUGUCAAACAGUUGACUCGAAUUGAACGCCGUCAGGCUCAUAUUCACCGUAUCAGGGACAGAACUGUUUAUCGCCCCCAUGUUGAAAUUUCUGAGUUGGUGACAAGUCCUGAAGCUCAUCACCAUAUCGGCCUGACUCAAAAAUACCCUGUACACAUAGGAUCGUAUUUACACAGCCACAAAGGAGAUCCUGCCAUCACAAAUUUUGUUUCAAAAUUGAAGGGUCAUCUAUUGCAUCGUAUCAACACUUCGAGCGAUUCUCUGGGUUCCCGCAAUGAAUAUGACAUCAACACAAUAAUCAUCAAGGAUGAUCGGAUGUAUCAGCAUAACAUUGCAAGGUUCAACUACACAACCUAUGAUGUUCGCAGAGGCCAAGACGUGGUCAAUCCGAGGACUUCCCACUGUAACAUCAUGGUCCUCCGCACUGACACUGACAUAGGAAACCAAGGUCACAAAUAUAUCUACGGGAAAGUACUUGGUAUAUAUCACGUUAACAUGAUCUUUAUCGGAAGCGGUAUGGUUGAUUAUACUCCCCAUCGAAUGGAGUUUUUAUGA